AUGUUAUCGAUUUCAUCGCUUCUCCUCUGCUUCCUCGUUCUGGUCCCUGACGCUCAGGCUCAUCUGCUGAGGGUCAAGGGGAAUCUGAAGUGUGCAGAGUUCCCGGCGGCGACCGUCUCCGUCAAACUAUCGAAGAACGCGGAAAGUGAGUAAAACUCUGUUCGAGUUCUAGAGCCAAGGCUCUCGUUUCAGAAGCCGUUGUCGCUGAGACGCACGCCGACAAACAGGGCAACUUCGAGCUCUCCGCGGAAACCAUCGAGAAGGACUACACCCCGUUUAUUGUCGUCUUCCACGACUGUGACGACGGUGUAAAGCCAGGACAGCGGAAGUUCAAGUUCCAGGUGCCCAAGUACUACGUCGGAUCGGGCAGCACCUUCGACUUGGGCUCGUUCAACUUGGAAACACGUCUGAAGCACAACGAGGAGAGACAGAAGCACGUGGACAGAAUCAGAAGGGGAUUCGAGAAGACGACGACGGCACGCAACGCAUUCGAAGGAAGAGACGAAGAGCCGGACGAGAGAAAUGAUCCGUGGUAG